CGUCACCUCUCCUUUCUCCCUCGCACCAGUCUGGCACUGGGUGAUUUCUGAGAGGAUAUACCCGCAUAGACAGCCACUCCUUUUGCUUGCCAUGGCUACAGAAAUCCGAUUCAACUCCUACGGCAUCCCACACAUCGUCGAGUUCGGGAACGUCAAGUUCCGCGCGCGCUCUUCGUCACGUUCACGCUCUUGCACGUCCACGCUCGACGAUGACCACCCCACGAGCACAUAUGAGAGAUCUGUCUCAAGUCUAGGAACUGUUGCGACCGCCUCAUCGGAGACAUUGGCGCAACCGGACGAUGAUGGUGCAGGUACCGCAGGCCUGUUUAUUCAGUUCGCAGCAUCAACCCGCCCAUAUCGCAAGAUGUCUGAAGGUCGCGUUCGGCGACUAAAACGGAGAAUCGCGAAGGCUGUCAUGGCGGCUGGGAUGGAUAGCUCUCCGACAUCGGAGAAGGCAAACCCGAUCGAAGUCGCUAGGCUGUCUCGCCUUUCCUGCGGUAGCAUCGAAUCAACGGACUCGGUGCCGGAAGAUGAUGGCGCCGCCUUGUUCAGGGGGACAUAUGGGCAGGUCACGACGGCGCUACAGGCCGCUGGGCUGAUCACGAUACCUUGCAGAGACGUUGGCGUGGACUCAGGUGACGAUUUUGACGGAGUAGUGGAGUUAAACUUCGUCUUCGUAUCCUGCAGUAGCGCUCGUAGCCGUCCGGCCCGUAGAUCUGGAUAUACGGAACCAAAGUUUGAGCACGGUGUUUGCACUCCUUACAGCCAUUUCACCCGACCCGAUGUGCAUGUGCUCCAGAGUGGCGGCUGCGCGUCGAGGAGCCGAGUUCUGACUGAUCCGUACCAGCGGAGCCAUUGCCAAAGUUACGCAGCAACGCCGAUGCUGGAGACACUUGUAAUAACUGACCCCUCCAUGGCUACCCAACUCAACGAAACGAUGGGUCCCGCCUUCAUAGGGGUGGUAUUCGCGCUUGCGUACUACCCGAACGACAAAUUGUUCCUAAAGCUUCUAUUUCUCUGGUACUGGCUGGUCACAAAUCACGCGAAGCUUGAUGGUUUGGGUAGCUUGCCUGGCACGUUUACGGCUGAAUUUUUUCUAGCUUCAUUGACCGUCUUCGUCGUACAAUGCCAUUUCAUCAUGACAAUCUGGAAAUUGUUAACUGAUCGAUGGUUCCAAAUGCCGUUGACAUCGGUCAUGGUGUUGCUGGCUGCGGUGUCCUUUGGCGGCGGCAUUGUCACCGUAUACCGCGUCACUAUCGACACGACGACGACAGCGGCGGUCAUCCAUGCCACGAUCCCAGCUUCGAUGCAGACCGUGACUGCAUUUGUCACUGACAUUUACAUCACCGCUUCCCUCUGCUGGAUUUUACGGGGCCGAAAGACUGGUUAUAAGCGCACUGAAACCUUAAUAACGACACUUACAAUAUACGCCAUCCAUCGAGGAGUAUUUACCGGAAUAAUACAGCUUGCACAUUUUGCGACGUAUAUAAGCACGAUCCACUCGAGAACCUUGUAUUGGAUGCUAUGGCAUAUUCCGGGAAGCAAGAUAUACGUCAAUUCGUUGCUUGCUGUGCUAAACGUCCGGCAUUCACUACUACGUGAUGCUGUCGAGGAAGAAACCCACAACUCAGUGGAGGCUUUCCCGCUGGGCACGGUAACAACUCUAGGACGGCCAUUUCAUUCUCGUGCGGCAGCACGACCGAACACUUCUCAAACGCAGAUUAUGCUGACGAAGGAGGUUGUCCGGGACGAUGGGGUAACCAUCACGCACGACCGUCCACGAGGGAAUGAAGAUUUCGGUCAAAAACAUUCUCCUUGGUAGCAUAUUGCGCUUUCUUUCCACAAACACUCCUUCGUUGCUUUGCAACCUGACAUGUUAGACUCUAUUGGCAUUGAUUGCGUAAUGUGUAGCAGACAGUCGGCCAGAGUGCCGACCGCCACAAUUCGAUGAAGGUCUGAC